AUAGUUGGAGAUCAUGUGUAUGGAAGCAGCCGACGGAGGAUACAAGCAACAAAGAAGAUGAACUGCCAGGCUUCGAUAAGAAUGAAAAUGGUUGUUAGAUUUCCAGAGUAUAAGAUUGAUGGGCAUGCUUCACAGUGGAAGAAAAGAAUAGUGUCAGAUAAGCUGAGAGAAGAGUUUAGUGCCAGUACACAGCAGGAUUUUCAAGUUUAUUUAAAGAUCCAGGAUAAUCAUGAAGGUCACAUGGUUGGAGAGUUCUCUGGGUAUGGGCUAACUCUGCAUACAGAGGUGAGGCAGAAGAUCCAGUCGUUAGUAGAUGAUGGCGUCACCAAUGUAGGUGAGAUUGGGCGUCACCUAGAGCGUGAAACAGAUGCGCCAGUGACAAAUCGACGUUUCAGACCAACAUCCAGGGACAUCAGAAGUCAUGUCACCCAUGCCUUGAAACGGAAAUGUUUUAGUGAUGAUGAUCAGAAGAAUUUGAUUGCUAUGGUCAAUCAGUGGAAACUUGACAAGCCUGAAGACAGUAUUUUCUUUCGCCCAGCUGGUCAAGAUAAAGAUACAGAUGUAAACACAUCAUUACUGUUUAUUCACCAGACAGAAUUUCAGAGAUGCCUUCUACGGAGAUAUGGUCAACAAAUGGUCGUGAUAGAUAGUACAUAUAAAAGCACCAAAUAUGACGUCCCACUCUUCAUCAUUUGUGUGGACACCAAUGUUGGGUACUAUCCAGUGUGCUUUUUUUUACUCAGCAGAGAAACCAUAGAAGGCAUCUCUGAGGCAUUAAAUGUAAUGAAAAGAUGGAAUGAAGACUGGGAACCUAUUUCAUUCAUGUGUGACUUUGAUAAGGCCGAAGUGUCAGCGCUAGAAAAUUGUUUUGAAGGAAUUGAAGUUUAUAUCUGCAAUUUUCAUCGUGAACAGUCGUGGCAGAGAUGGCUUACCAGAGGUGAAAAUGGUGCAGGCAGCCACAAAGAAUCAAUAUUGAAGCUACUUCGAAGUAUCGCACAUGCAAGGACUGAAGAGGAGUGUUUACAUCAGAUUCAGAUGCUUAAGUCCAGUGAGUUAUAUGAAGAAAAUAUGGGAUUUAGGAAAUGGAUAGACAAACAGUGGUUAAUGGAGAAGAAGCGAUGGGUAUACUGCUUCCGUAAAGAUACAGUUAACAUUAAAGUCGGAACAACAAAUGGAGUGGAAUCGUUGAACAAGAAACUGAAGUUUUCCUAUUUGAAGAACUUUAAUAGUGGAAGCACUCUGUCAAGUUUAGCCAAGGUGAUGGUAGAAAAAUGUUUGCCAGACAGCCAAAACCUGUACACACGGAACAACAUUGUGUGCUUAUCCACUUUUAAGAAAUACUCAGAGGAUGUACCAGAGUUUUUGGUAAAUAGGCCCAAAAAAUUUGUUAUGCAUUGCCUGAAAAGGAUGACCCCAGAGCUUGACAUUAAUGCAGACAACAUUACUCCAUUAGAUUCUGGAUACGAAGUGAGAUCACCAUCAGGGCAAAAUUAUCAUGUUAUAUUGUCUGAGGAAAUUCCAUCUUGUACAUGCCCUGAUUGGGAAAUGUUCCACUGGCCAUGCAAACAUAUGUUGGCCAUUUUCAAAAAUAUCGAGGACAUUGACUGGAAUACGCUCUCAGUGCAAUAUAGAUCUCUACCAUGGUUUAAUGUAGAUGACAGUGUUGUAGGGACAGAAAGUACAAAGCAAUCAAGCCCAGUUGUAUGUCUGAAUGCAAAAUGUGUAGAAAUGGUUGAUAAUCUUGAAACAAGUGAUGAAGAUUGUUUGAGAAAAGAGAAGUACAGAUGUUUGUCCAUUUUGAAAACUAUUCAGACAAGUAUUUACUGUGUUGAAGACCUCCAUACAUUACAAGAUGUUGGAAAAUUGUUAAGUCAGGCAGAUGAAAUGCUAGCACAGCAUAUUCCAAAGAUAAGUGGACUUCCACUGCGCACAUCUGUUAAUAAAAAGAGGAAGAGACGUCGUCUUACCAAACAAACUGGGGGACCACAAAAAAGAGCAAAGAAAAGUAAAGCCAGUAAAGAAGUUGACGACAGGAGUGUCAUACCUGAAGGAAUUACAUUAGAAGCUUCAGCAGAUCUAGAUUGUACAGUGGCCUGUUCAGAAGACGAGUCAUUUCAGAGUGACAAGGUUUUAUUGCACGAGCUUAAGAAACUGUUGGCAGAACCAGUAGAUGACUUGCCAGUGGUACAGAUAGGACCUCAUACAAUAACAAAAAGAAGUCUGCACUAUAUACAGUCUUUAAUGCCUGAUGAUGUCAUAGAUGCUACACUCUCAGUUUUUGUGAAGAUGAGCAGCAGAAAUGUUCUGCACAUCGACUUGAUUGUUGCAACUGCUAUUUUUCAAGGGCAAAGAAGUGUACACAAUUACUUAGUACAGGAAAAUUUAAACCAGUAUGAAUUUUGCAUUGCUGCAGUCAAAGUAGGAGGAUACCAUUGGGUGUUAAUAGUAAGUUUUCUUUUUCUAAUUUCAUCCUUAACUUCACAUUUUCUAACCUCAAAUGAUUUGAAAUUAAAUUUUCUCAUUAAUAAGCUUUUAUCACUUGUUCAAUUACAUCAUAAGAUUAUAAGACCAGCUACAAAAACCAUAGUUUAUAUUAAUCCAAUGGGAGAAUUAGAAAGUACAAAACAGACAAUUCUACAGAAUUGGUAUGAAUUCAUGCAAGGAAGAGUUGAAAGAGGAAUAGAAAACAGUGAAGUUUCUGGAUGGACAGUCACCUCUGUACCCCAUUCAAAACAGAGAGACACAGACUCCUGUGGUGUGUUUGUAAUAAAGUUUCUUAGAGCAUUGACUUCAGCAAUAUAA